UUUGAAUAGAAAGAAUAAACGUUGACUUUUUACGAUUCUUCCAAAUUUCUUCUUCUUCUUCUUCCCGGUUCUGCGAGUUUUCUGUUCAUCUAAAUUCUCGGAAUCUGGGGAUUUUUCUAUUUUUCUUUUUGCCCCCGGUGUGCCUGUCUCCCGUCUUAGAUUUUUGUGGGAAUUAUUUAUUUUUAAUUUGUGUAUUCUGUCAAAAAAAAAUGGGAACUCCGGAAUUUCCAGAUCUGGGGAAACACUGCUCCGUCGAUUAUUGCAAACAGAUCGAUUUCUUGCCUUUCACUUGCGAUCGCUGCCUUCAGGUGUUUUGUCUGGAUCAUCGUAGCUAUAUGAAACACGAUUGUCCAAAAGGAAACAGAGGAGAUGUCACUGUGGUCAUUUGUCCAUUAUGUGCUAAAGGAGUAAGGUUAAACCCCGACGAAGAUCCGAACAUCACCUGGGAGAAACAUGUUAAUACUGAUUGUGAUCCAUCUAACUACGAAAAAACUGUCAAGAAGAAGAAAUGCCCUGUUCCAAGAUGCAGAGAACUCUUGACCUUCUCUAAUACUAUAAAAUGUCGAGAUUGCUGCAUCGAUCAUUGCUUGAAACAUCGGUUUGGACCUGAUCAUACUUGUUCUGGACCCAAGAAGACUGAAUCCAGUUUCUCAUUUAUGGGUUUCUUGAGUACAAACUCAAAAGAAGCUCCUCCUACAUCAUCAUCAUCUUCGAGUUGGUCUAGUCUUUUUAGCAGACUCGGUAACGAUAUUAGCCAGACGUUUCAGUUUGCGAGUGGCGGCGAUGGUAGUUCAGAGAAAACGCAUGAGAGGAAUGGAAAACAGAAUCGUGGCAAAGUUACGGUUGACGUUUGUCCAAAAUGUAGCAAAGGGUUUCGUGAUCCUAAGGAUCUUUUGAAGCAUAUUGAUAAGGAUCAUCGUGGCACUUCUAAAGCUUAGAAACAGGGAUGUGAAUUGGUUUCGUAUUUGUGUGAUUGUAUCAUUCUUUAUAACAGCCUGAGAAAAAACUCAAUAUUCUUUGAGCUCGGUUUUUUUGUUUUGUUCGGUUUGGUUUUCCAGUUUUCCUAGUCUAGGAGAUACUGUAUAUAAUUUAACAAACUGUGAUGCAAUUGGAUUUAAAUUGUUUUUUGGGUUUA